UCUCCCAAGUCCUCCAAGGCUCACACCGCCGCCACCGUCCCGACCUGGGACAAGAUCGUCGCCAACGUCGCGCAGCACUACCUCGACACGACGCCGCAGCGGACCAAGCUGCUGGACGGCUUCAUGGCGUUCCUGGUUGUGGUGGGUGGGCUGCAGUUCUUGUACUGCAUUCUGGCGGGGAACUAUCCCUUCAAUGCCUUCUUGUCCGGGUUCUCUGCGACGGUGGGGCAAUUUGUCUUGACAGCGUCGCUCAGGAUCCAGACGACCGAGGCAAACAAGAAGGACUUUCCCGAGGUGUCGCCCGAACGGGCAUUUGCGGACUAUGUCGUUUGCAGUUUGAUCUUGCACUUUUUCUGCGUCAAUUUCAUCAACUAG